AUGAUCUUGGCUAUAAUUUUUACGACCGACGGCCAGCCUGACACCAACCCUCCUUGGGAAACAAACACCCAGGUGUCAGACUACGGGGGAGCUCGUGUGGUGUGGGCGAUGUCUGCCGGAGACAGAGAGGCAGAGGCUCAGGCCAAGAAGGGGGAAGAAGGCGCCGACAAUGAGAGGGACAGCCGUGCGGCCGCCGCCCUCAAGCGCAACUGGUGCGUGGGGCUCCGCAUCAUAGAAAUGACUCUGUCAGUCAUCGCGAUCGGGCUGAUUGUGGGCGCGUUAUACUCGCCCCAAGUGGUCCAGUCAGACCACCGGCACAUCGCACUCAUCUUCUCAACUUACUCGAGCUACAUCAUCAUCACGGGUGUUUUGAUCAUCGCGAGACUGCUCGGCGAGUCUGCCGGGUGGAGGACUUCCUUGGGUUUCUCGAUUCUGGGUGUGAUCAUGUUCACCGCGGCCGCUGCCGUCAUUUUCUACGAUUGGCACAGAUCCUACUACGCGAAUCUCCGCCCGAACAAAGAGGCAUACGACCUACUAAUUUCAUCUGGGGUCUUCUCCGUCAUCAACGCCGCAGUAUUCCUGGUUCACGCUUUCCUAACCUUCAGGAAAGAAGCAGACUAC